AUGGCUGACGCUGCAACUGAAUCUGCUCCUGCUCCGACGGAAACACCGGCAGCUCCUACUGAGACAGCACAACCUGCAGUAGAAUCCAUGGAGACUGGAGAAGCUCCGGCGGCACCGGCAGGGACUACCACAACAGAGGUAAAAAAUUGUGUGCGGGGUUUGGGAAUUUUUAGCUCCCUCUUUUCUUAUGUGUUGUAUGUACAUGUACCAUCAGGUUGUUUACGAUAAUU